UUUUUUGGUUUUUAUGCGCGUCUCCACUCCAAGUUAGGUGGCACAACGGAUCUCAGCCAGAUGUUUGGAGUUUGGGAUCUUCCGUUUGAGGAAGCAAAGUUCAACAACCGAGUGAAACAUUUACGUUGUGCUGACCCCUCAUUCAGACCGUUGAUGAAACAAGCCUCAUGUUGUCCUUGGAGUCUUUCAUAACAUUGCGCGUAUGUGCGUCCGUGGCAUUGCUCAAUCUCGAACUGAUGGCACAGUCCCGUUCACCUUCAGACUUUGGAGACGUCCUCCCUUGGAUCAUGUUGGCCAGUGACCUGCAGGCUCCUCCCACUCAGGCGGAGGCCAACUUCUGGACACGAGCUGAAAACGAACCGCCACCACCUUCUCUCGGUCUGUCACCUCCCCUUCUGCGUUACUUUCUGUUGGCAAUGUGGUGCAGUCGUGCGGCGCUGCGUCUGCUCCGGCCGCCGACCCUCGCUGGGGGUCCGGCAGCCUUCGCACGGAGGGACAUGUCGAGCCGACAUCGGGUGUAUGUCACGCGCCAGAUCCCACCGGAGGGCCUGAAGAUCCUCCGCGAAUCUGGACAGGUGCAGUUUGAGCUGUGGGACUCCGACGACGUCCCGGUGCCGAGGACGGAGCUUCUUCGGAAGGUCAAAGGCGUCGACGCCCUCCUCUGCGUGCUGACCGAGAAGAUCGACGCCGAACUGUUGGAUGCCGCAGGUCCCAACCUGAAGGUUCUCAGCACCAUGUCUGUGGGAUUCGACCAUCUCUCUCUGGAGGAACUGAAGAGAAGAGGAAUCCGUGUGGGUUACACGCCCGACGUUCUGACAGAUGCCGUCGCCGAACUGACUGUGGCUCUGCUCUUGACAACUUCCAGGAGGCUCGUGGAGGCCACGCACGAAGCCAAAACCGGAGGUUGGGGGACUUGGAGGACUCUGUGGCUUUGCGGACACGAAUUGGCUAACAGCACCGUGGGGAUUUUAGGCCUGGGGAGGAUCGGCGUGGCCAUCGCUGAACGCCUGGCUCCUUUCAAAGUGAAAAAGUUCAUCUACACGGACAUGGCUCCUCGGCCCGACCUGGCCGGUGGCAUUAACGCGGAGUACGUGUCGUUUGACGAGCUGGCGAAGCGGUCAGAUUUCCUGUUGGCGUGUUGCGCUUUAACGCCGGAAACACACAUGAUCUGCAACAAGAAGCUUUUCUCCAAGAUGAAAACAAGCGCCAUCUUCAUUAACACGAGCAGAGGCGGUGUGGUCAAUCAAGAGGAUCUUUACGAGGCCCUGGCCAAUCAGCAGAUUGCAGGCGCAGGAUUAGACGUGACCGUCCCUGAGCCUCUCCCCACUGACCAUCCACUGUUUACCCUCAAAAACUGUGUGAUCCUCCCACACAUCGCCAGUGCCUCGUACAGCACCCGCAACGCCAUGUCCGCCCUGGCAGCCAACAACCUCCUGCUCGGCCUCCGGGGUCAACCGAUGAUCAAAGAGCUCAAACUGUGAACCGGCGAUUGUUGCUAUUUUAUAGAAAGGUUGAUCAUAAAAAAAAAAAAACAUCCCAUACAACUACAUUUCUAUUUUUUUUAAUGUGCAUGUACAACUGAAUGAACAAUACAUUCAACAAAAACUUGGUCCAUUUAUGGUUACACUAUGUUAGCGUUACGGGGAAAGAACGCAAAAGACCCCUGACAGUUUGGCCUCGAUCAACAAAAUCUUUUUAAGCAAAAACGCUCAAGGCAGCGACAGGAGUUGGUUCAUUCGGGCCUUUUGCUAUUGAUGCUACGAAUGCACUCAAAGUAACAGACAUCACUACUUUGGCGCUCGAAUGAAGAAAUUAAACGUGAGCGACACGGGCGAAGAGAUUGGUCUACCAGUACGAUCCAGUUACAUUUGAUUGUAGACAAUGGAAAAAGAAAAAAAAAAGAGAAUAGCUCAUGUUUACGACAAGAGCAUCACAAGACCGACAUGAAAAUGAGUCAUGCUGGUACACAUCGAAACUGGAGAUGGUUCACGCAAGAAUUCAGCAACUGUUGUGAACUCGACUUCAAUUAGUAAAACGCUAAAUGGCAAAAUAUGGCACUUGUAAUUGUUUUAAGAGCGUUUCAGAUACUUUUCAGAUUGCUUCUGUUCUUUUUUAAUCCAAUAACGACUCCAGUGUAAAUAAGGUGCUGAACAGGAAUAAUUGGAUGAUUCUCACAGU